AUGGGGGUGCGCUUUGGCCUGGGUUUAGAGGCAGAUGCAGCCUUCGCCGCGGCGCGGCCGUUCAACUUCUGCGCGGGCCCCGCCGCACUGCCCGUCGAGCUGCUGCACCGAGUCGCGGAGCAGCUGGCCGACUUCGAGGGCACUGGCCUGAGCAUCAUGGAGAUGAGCCACAGGGACGCGGGCGGGCCGGUGCAGCGGAUGAUCCAGGACGCGACGUUCGCCGUCAGGACGAUCCUGGAGGUCCCGGCCUCCUACGACAUCAUAUGGCAGCAGGGCGGCGCGCACGGGCAGUUCGCGGCAGUGCCGCUGAACCUGCUGGGGGAGAGGCGCUCCGCAGACUACGUGGACACCGGAGUGUGGUCGCAGAAGGCGAUGGCCGAGGCGUCGAAGUACUGCGAGGUGAGAAUCGCAGCCGCGACGGAGGCGUCGUGCCAUAGCGAGAUUCCCCCAGUGGAGUCUUGGGACCUUUCGGAGGAUUCGGCGUACGUGCACAUCUGCGCAAACGACACGAUCUACGGCCUCGAGUUCCUGCAGGACCCUGACGUGGGCGACAAGCUGCUCGUGGCCGACUUCACUUCCACCUUGUUGUCCCGGAGGGUCAACUUCGACAGGUAUGCGGCGAUCUACUGCUCAGCUGGAAAGAACCUUGGCACGGCAGGCGUGUGCUUGGUCGUGGUGCGGAAGGAUUUGCUGGGGCGGGCACGGGCGAACACGCCCUGCAUCCUCGAUUGGACCGCCUACUCGCAAACGGCUCCAGUGCCAUCCCUCCUGAACACGCCGCCAGUGUUCCCCCUGUACAUUCGGGACGGACGAACUGUCCUCAGGCACCUCUUGGAGCAGUGGGGCACCAGCGGCACCGGAGCACUCGCCGCGCUGGAGUCGCGAGCUGAGGCGCGCGCGCGGCGCCUCUACCGCGAAGUGGACGAGUCCGGCGGCUUCUAUACGAACCACGUGUCGGACGCGAACCGCUCUCGCGUCACCAUCUGCUUCCGCUUCGGCGCGGACGCGGGCAUGCUGCGGGAGUGGGACGGUAGCAUCACCUCGAUCGCGCAGCCGACGCAGCUCGAGGCGCGGUUCCUGGCGGAGGCCCAGGACCGCGGGCUGCUGCAGCUGGGGGGGCACCCCGCCUUUGGUGGCAUCCGCGUCUGCCUGUACAACGCAGUGCCCGACGCUGCGGUGGACGAGCUGGUGUGCUUCAUGCGCGCCUUCCGCGAGGCCAGGGCGGACGCCCGCGGGCUCGCGGCAAAGGCGGGCCUGGUCGCCGACGGCGGCGCUUCCGAGGCGCCGACGGAGCUGGCGCCAAGCGCGUCGAGCCCCUCGUUGGCGGAGUGCUCCUCGGGCCCCUCUACGCCCCGGUAG